GACCUUUUUGAAUCCUUCAACGCGCCAGCGGUCGCAGCAGUUUCCCGCCCAGUCUACCGUGCCAAUGGCACGCUGGAGGCCAUGCGCCUCCACAAAGUGGACGGAAUCGAAAUCACAAAAACUACGAAAGGGCCCGCUAUGAAGAUCUUGAUGUACUCGCCCACGGGCGAGUACUUGUUCACGUACUCUGAUGUCAUGCUUACCGAGGAGCAAUGCUCCUCAGUAAGAGAUCUAGUGCGCGGCGGGAAAGCGCCGUUCUACUUUACUGCGCUUGGAAAGGGAAAACGGAUCAAUGGCCUCGUGCCAUUUGGAGCGGAAGCUGCGGCAAUUUAUGAUGCCCGAACGGAAGUGGUCGGCAGUAUUUUGCCGGCAAGUCUCCGUGCAGCAAUGGUGACUGGAGAACUACUCCAGGCAUAAGCGAGCAGCGCUGACCGCUGUGUGUGUGUGUGUGUUCGUGUGUGUGUGUGUGUGUGUGUGUGUGUAUGUGGGUGCUUACGCGCGCUCACCUGAUUUGUAAAAAAAAAAUGAAUAAUACAUUUUCGAAAUAGUGGCUCGAGCCUGUUGUCAUUACAUUUCCAUGGUCAUUUAAUAACAUCCCCAUGACAUUAA